AAAUUAAAUGGACACACGGACAGAUACAGCUAAAACUACUUCAAAUUUCCUUACUUGUCCAAUAGUUACAUACAUAUACUUUUUACAAGAGAAAAAAAAAACUACAAGAAGCUAGAAAGUAGAAGAGCAACGGAAGAACCACUGUUUAACCAGUGUUUUGUUAAUGAAAAAUUAUGGAAUAUUUGAAUUAAUUAAAGUAUUCUUUUUAUUUUAGUUUCAAAUGAAUGUGAAAGACAUUGCGACACUUAAUAUGUUGAAUGAAUCUAGUCAAGAACAAACUCAAAACGAGUUAUGCAUAAGGGAGCAGAACGAUAUAGCAAAUUUAACGGCUGAGAUUCAAACAUUUGUCCAAAUCAAAAAUAAUGACGAUAUAGAAGAGAAAAAAUUAGAGAUUAAUAAACCGGAAGCCGACUUCUUUGUUGACUCCUAUGAAGAAAAUAACAACAAUUAUAACAUUGCAGAAUACGAAGUUAAAUUAAAUUCCACAAAUAAAGAGAAAGCGAACGAGGAAAGUGCAAGCAAGGAAGGUGUUGCACGGCUCCAAAUUAAGGAGACAAAUGCAGAAUGUUUAACAAUAACAAAGGCAACGAAUAGUAACGUAGCACACAAAGAAAGUAAAAAGAACAAAGAAAAUGAGGGAAAUGUUAGCAAAGAACAAAUUGCUUCGCUCAAGAUUAAAGAAACAAGAGCAGAAAUUCCAACAAUGACAGCAAUUUCAACGAAUAUAGCGCACGAAGAUGAACUGGUAUUCAAACAAUAUCAUGCAGCUGAAGAGCUUAAAAUUUCAAACAAGAAUAUUUCCAAACCAAAAAAUGUAGUAACCAAAGAAGCAAAUCAAAUUCUUAUGAAUUCAGUUCAGACGCAGCCAAUAGCGAUAACAAAGAACAAAGCAACGAAUAUAGCCAACGGAGCAAUACCAAAGAAAAUUGAUGUAGAUCCAUAUAUAGCAACGCAAGAAAUUGAAAUAGAUUGCGAAGAUAAUUUAGUGAAACCCAUACCAAUGAGGCGUAAGUCUAAAACAGAGAGCGAAUUGGGUCAAGUUGAAUGUAUUCAUGUGCACAUGGAAAGUCCCCGGUCGAUAACACGGCACAACCACCCCUGUAGCCUUACGAGCUUUAAAACGAAAACCAAUAACGUGCGCGAUCAAGAAAAAAUUACGGCAAAAACUUCUUUCACGUUAGUUAGUCCUCCAAUAACUCGUAAAGAUCUAGGAAACUUAUCUCCUGAGAACCUAAACGCUAAAAGUGAGAAUCAAGUAACAUCCAGACCUGAAAUAUCCCCAAAAUCAAAUGUAUCGCGUAAAUCCAGCAAAACAGAUGAAUGUGAAUUGAACCAUAGGGUAAGCGAUAAAAAUGAUGAGAAAGUUAAACCCCCACUUUCGCCUAAACCAUUAGCAGAAGUAGGCUUUGCUGAAAUUCGUAAACCCAGCAGAAGAAGUCGUGAGGCCAAGAAAAUUGCUGAAGAAAGCGUAAAUAUGCUUCCAAAUGACCAUUGUCAACAAAAUCACCCAAAUGAACUUCAGCGCCCGGAUGCCAUAAUGGGCGCAACGGUGACUUUGGGUAGUGAUUUAAAAAUUGUUGAAAAUUCUACUACAAAAAUAAAAGAAAAUAUCGAGCAGGGGGAGCCGCAAAGGAAAAAUAGUCUUGAUGCAGAAAGAGAAGAAUUUGAUGCUUUGUAUCGGUCGAAACCGUCGUCUCUCUUAGAAUGGAAAAAAUCAAGUUUGGCUACUCUGGAAACAAAUAUACCGCUCGAGAAAAGGAAGUCGGUCAAGGAAAUAAUAGCGUCUAUUAAUCGUAGUCAACGUUUGCUGCAUCAGGCAGCUAAUAAAGAUUUUCCGGUAUGGCCUGACCAUCACGUAGACAGCGUCAGCGAAAGCUUGAUUAAAAUUAACCAAGAAUCCAAUGCCAAUGACCUUCAAGAAAAUCUUAAAAUAUUGGAUGAAAGAGAACGUGAUAUUAAACGAAUGGUAGAAGAAAUCGGUUGCAUGCGUAGCUCAACAAAGGCUGCUAUAAACGAACAGGUGCAGAGAGACGCUCAAAAGUUGGAUAACAAUGAGAUUUUUCAAAAGUGUACUGUAACGAAAGAAGUUUACGACUGUAGAGAGUCGUCACCAAUAUCCUCAAAUUUAGAUUGGAAUCCAUUACCAAAACCCAAACGUAUAAAACCUUUACACGAGUAACGGUUAUUAGUUAGCAAAAUUUGCGCAAGGUGCUCAAAAGUAAUCGUUUAAUGUUAUUCGUUUAAUAAAAUAUCGUCUUCAAACAA